GGGCCCUUCAAGAACUAAACAACAAUUCAAAAAAGAAAAAACAGAAGUGGGCUUAUUUGGGUGAAACUACUAACAGGUGCAUUAGUGUUUUGAGCAUAGGGAGAAGGUGGUAGUGUUUGUGCUUUCCUUUAGUGGGAGGAACAUUAUGGGAUCGUUAUGCAUGACGAACAUGCCAAGUCAAUUUCUCUUUCGUUUUAUUGUUUUGUUGUCUGCAAGCUGCUUUUUUGAAGCUGUGCUGUGCAGUCCUAGUAUAGAGAAUGGAAAAAACAGGCCAGAUGCAGUUUUGUUUCAAAAUACGAGUUAUUUCACUGACGAUAACCUCUGUUUGGAGUUACCAGAUGGAGUUUAUCCGGAUUACAACCAAGCAUGUCGGAUGUUCUUUAUUUGCUCCGGGGGCUUAAAAGCUGCUACAUUUUGGUGUACUAAAGGCUUUGUUUUCAGUUAUACCUCGGGGCACUGUGAACCUCCUGAUAGAGCUCGAUGUCCAGAUUCGAAUAAUCCUGCUGUUCUAAAUCGAGUGUUUCAACUGCACAUGAAUGGUAAAUCUGCAGAUUGCCAGCAGGGUGAUGGUGUUUAUCCAGAAUUUUCCAGUGGGUGCUCUUCAUUUUUUUACUGUAAAGGUGGAAAAAAAUUAUCUUUCCAGUGUCCUGAUUCCACCAAGUUUGAUUGGAGGACUAAAACUUGCCGGCAUGAGAAAAAAGUUAUUUGUGAAGCUCUUUCUUGCACCGACAAAGAAGAUGGAAUUUAUAUCGAUUCCAAUAGUUAUUGCCGAAGAUAUUUCCAAUGCAGUUCUGGUAAUAUAUCAGAAUAUGUUUGCCCUGAUGGAACAAUUUACAAUGCAAGGCAGCACCGAUGUACUAGAAGCUCGACAACCAGAUGCCAUGGACUCGAAGCAGCUCAAUGUACUGGGUUACCAGAUGGGUACUAUCCUGAUUUCGCUGCUGACUGCAAAAUAUUUGGACUUUGCAUGACCGGUGGCUUAAAAACUUUUAACUGUCCAGCUGGUACUUUAUUUGACAUCAGGUCACUUACAUGCGAAAGCGAUGCCUAUUGUCCCAAGCCAGAAAUCGAUAAAUGUCUCGGAAAAGCCAAUGGAAUUCACGCUGAUUUUGACUCAGGCUGUCGAGAUUUCUAUAUGUGUCUUGAUGGAUUGUUAACACAUCAGGGGUCUUGUCCCCAAGGAACAAUCUUAAAUCAAAGAAAUGGUAACUGUCAACCUUCUUCAUUAGUGGUUUGUACUACAGUUAUUGACGGUGAUUGUGAUGGAUUGCUCGAUGGCGUCCAUCCAGAUUACGAUACAGGUUGCUCAGCUUUUUAUAUUUGUUUGGGACAGAGAAGGAUAUCUACUUCUUAUUGUUCUGGAACAAACUUAUACGAUAUUGCAAGUGAUAGGUGUCUGCCUUCCAGCUUUGUUGUUUGCCGGAAAAAGCUGUCUUCCUCUUCUCCUCCGCGUUUGUUUGAUUCCUAUAAUUGUGAAAAUCGCCUUGGAAUGUUUCCAGAAUUCUCUAGUGAUUGUCAAAGAUACGCCACGUGUGCAUAUGGGCAUAAGCAAUACUUUAGUUGUCAAAAAGGAUUUUCAUUUGACCCGCAAUCGAAUGCAUGUGUUCGUGGUGCUGUAAAUUGCAACGCACCAUUUGCAGUUGCAACAUUUCAGUGUUUGCCUAGUGAUGACGGUAUAUAUAUUGGACCAAAUUGCUCGCAGUGGCAUGAAUGUAAGAAUGGAAUUGGAUUUACUAACGUGUGUCCCCAGGGUCUAUUAUAUGAUGUGAAUUUCGGUAAGUGCAUUGGAAGCAAUGUGAAAUGUCCAACAAGUUUUAUUGUUCAAAAAAGGUUAAUUCGCGCCACGGACAUAUUGCACUUACCUAGCAUAGAAGAGGAUUUUAUUUGUGAAUCAAAUAAGAUUGGAUUGUACGAAGAUCCUAUAUCUUGUAGAAAUUUUCAUUUUUGUGUCGAUGGAAAACGAUCUUCUUAUGCUUGCCCUCAUAACUUCUUGUUUCAAAGAAACACUCAUAGGUGUGCGUGGAACGAAAAUUCCGAAUCUUGCAAAAAUAAUAAAGUUAAGUUGAUGAAUAACCAGCAGAAUUUAUUCAGCUGUGCAUAUUUGGAAGACGGUAUGUAUGCAGAUUUCAGCUCAAACUGUAAAAGAUACUUUGUAUGUGAAAAUGGAGAUGCUAUUCCAGUAUACUGUCCAGAAAAGCAAAAAUUCAAUGCAUUAAAAAUGAUGUGUGAUAGGGAGGAGUAUGUUAGCUGUACAUCUCAUACUCAACCAGCCCGUGCCCGAACAAUAAACCGAGCAAGUAUGCAAUCAGAUGAUGUUUAUCAUGUCUACAGACCCGAUGAUUUGUUUACUGAGACGUAUAGUUACGUUACUCAAAGUGAAGAUGAUACCACAAAACCCCCUAAUUUAAAGACAAAAAUAUACUACGAGUACGAUACCGUCUCAGAGGACGAAAGAAUUCCAAGUCCUACUGAUUUAAAUGCGGGGCUAGAUAGAUCAAAAGCACCGAACUCUAUUAGUUCCGAAUCAAUAAAUAAGCGACAUCAUGUUACAAAAUAUAACCCAACACUUCACGAAGCGAAUAAUGCCAUGUCAAAUAGUUUAACUACAAUAUCCUACGGUGAAAGAUCGAAGCCUUCCACGGAUGAUGACAAGGUGGAUAAAUUGGCGGGAAAACCACCAAGCCAAGAUCUGGCUGAGGCUUGCAGAAACGAAGACACUGGUUUUUUUCCGGAUUACGAAAGUGGCUGUAGAAAGUUUCAUAUUUGCUUUAGAUCCAUUCGAAAAACUUACAGCUGCCCCAGUAUUUUACUCUUUAAUCCGGAAACGCAAAAGUGUGAUCUUCCAGAAAAUGUAGUAUGCAGCAGACCUCAAUCUGUAGUAGAAAGUGUCUUUGAUUGCAAGUCCAAAAUCAAUGAAUUUGUACCUGAUUUUGAAUCUGGAUGCCGGUACUACAUUGGUUGCAUGGAUGGUCUGCCUUAUAAAUUCGCUUGUCCAAAAGGCAAAAUAUUUAGUUCGGAAACAUCUAUAUGUGAAUACGAAAAUACCUACAAAUGCCAAUACCCACAACAGAGUAACUCCACUCUUUUUGACUCAAACAAUGAAGAAAACUAUAAAUCUCCAUCAUACAGACAUGUUCAUGGUAUUCCUGGACAGUUUUAUUUUUCUUGUUCAGAUAAAAAAGAUGGCUUUUAUCCAGAUUUUACGAGGCAUUGCCAUGUGUUUUAUCGUUGUGUUAGGGGGAAAAAGUUUUCCCAUUAUUGUAAACAAGGACUUUUAUUUAAUCCUGAAUCAGGUAUAUGUGACUUUGAAGAAAACGUUAAUUGCUCGCCCGUGAAUAGGACGAUAUUAGAAAACUAAACAUUGUUGAAUGCGAAAGAUCUUUUAUUUCCAUGCCAGGCCAGUAAACAUAAAGCCAUUAUUAUGAUUUUAUUCUUCACUUAGCAGAGAUUUGUGUAAAUAAUUUGUGAAGAUCUGGGUGCGAUUUACCCUAGUAGUUACUGUGUAAUACCUUCCCUACAAAUCUUUGUAAAUGUUUGUAAAUAUAUUGAUUUAGUUAUUUUUUUACUAUACUGAACUGUCUACUGUUUGCUGCAGGUCAGCAGGUUGAUUAUUAUAUUUUUUUAAGAACAUUAAAUUUAUUGAAACACAUAUGAGGCUUGCAUAUUCAUAAUACAUUAAAGAAUAUUAUCAUAUUCCAUUAGUGAAUAAUUUAUACAAAUAAAUAAAUUCAUCAAUGCCAUGUAGUUAAUAUCAUACAUUAUUAUUUAGUUCCAAGAUCUUCGAUGUAAGAUAUUUUUGGUCUUUUUAGUAUACUAAUAUGUAGACUGUUAAGAAAACAUAUAUUAUUAUUGCUAGUAGCUUGUUUUCUACAAUAAAAUUUCUUCUGUCGGAAAUAUUAUUUAUCAUU